UCGAAAUAACAUUCGAACUCGGGUGUAAAUUGACUUAAUCCGUUAUUAAACAUCCAACUGUCCCAACACCACAAUUAUCAGAAAUCACAGGAAAUCAAGAUGAUUAAGGCCUUCCCAUAUUCCCUAGUCUUCCUCCUAUUCAUAAUCCCCAUCACCUCCUCCUCCACCUCCACCUCCUCCUCCUCCUCUUUAUGUCCCAUAGAUUUCAGCUACGUUGACACUCUACCGUGGGACCAUUCAGUGUGCAUAGAUCCCCUCGGAAAAUCCUGCUGCCAAACCCUCCUAAGCUUCCUAGGCAUAGGCCUUGCCCAACACCUCAGAGAAACCUCACUCUUCCAACUCCCCAACUCAAACUCCUUAUCCUCCUGCCUCUUGAAUCUGCAGACCAAACUCGAACCCCUCGCGCUUGCAUCUCGAAUCCCCAUGUGCUUUAACUCAACACAGUUUGUGGGCAGCCCUUCUCAUUGUGCCGGGAUAAUAACAGUCCAGGACUGGAUAGCGAGGGUCGGGCUACUGACCCCCCUGAACACUGCCUGCAAAGGAGACUUGGAGGGACUGACAGAAUGUCAAUCUUGUGUUGAGGCCGGCAAGUUGGUGGAUGAGCAGUUGCAUGGUCUCGACCCAAACGGCAAGAAAUGCUUUGGCUUCAUUGUGUUGUAUGCUGCUGGGAUUGUUAACCAGUUGGGGCCGAGUGAUCGCGGAACGGCUACUUGCAUUCUCGGGUUGCCUCUUUAUGGCUCCGAGCGCGAAAAGGAGAUGAAUGAGAUGAGCGGGAAGAGUUUGAUGAUAUGGGGUUUUGGGGUGUCGGGUGCUGUCAUUGGUGUUUUGGUUUCCGUUGGGAUUAUAGUUCUGUACAAGAGAUGGGAUAAGAAGGAGAAGCAAAAUGCACUUCAUGAGGAUUAUGUAACUACUUUCAGAGCAAACUAUCUGCCCAAUUUAGGAGCAAAAUGGUUUGCUGUAUCCGAGCUUGAAAGAGCCACUGGUGGAUUUGCUCAAAAGAACAUGAUUGGGCAAGGUGGAUAUGGGGUUGUGUACAAGGGAACACUUUCUGAUGGGAGUUUUGUUGCGGUGAAGCAUGUUGUUGAUUUGGACUCAAAAGGAGAUGAAGAUUUUUUGAAUGAGGUUGAAAUCAUAAGUAAAAUAAGGCACCGGCAUCUUCUUUCACUUCGAGGCUGUUGUGUAACAAGUGAUGAUUUGAAGGGCAAAAGAAGGUUCUUGGUGUAUGAUCUUAUGCCGAAUGGGAAUCUCAGUGAUCAAUUGAGCAGCAAGCAGAGAUUAAAUUGGCCUCAACGAAAGAACAUAAUCCUAGAUGUGGCGAAGGGGCUUGCUUACUUACAUUAUGGGAUCAAGCCUGCCAUUUAUCACAGAGACAUAAAAGCCACAAACAUACUAUUGGAUUCGGAAAUGAAGGCGAAAGUUGCGGACUUUGGAUUGGCAAAACAAAGUUCAGAGGGACAAUCUCAUGUCACAACAAGGGUUGCUGGCACGCGUGGCUAUUUGGCACCAGAAUAUGCCCUCUAUGGACAGCUGACGGAGAAGAGUGAUGUUUAUAGCUUCGGCAUUGUGAUUCUUGAAAUCAUGAGUGGAAGGAAAGUACUGGACUCACCAAAUUCUGAUUCAAAUUCUUCGUUUAUUUUGAUCUCAGAUUGGGCAUGGAUGGUUCUGAAAUCAGGGAAUGUGGAUGAAAUUUUUGAUGAGGCAAUAAGGGAGGGUGGACCAAAGGGUGUGAUGGAGAGGUUUGUGCUUGUUGGACUUCUUGUGCUCAUGUCAUGGUCGCUUUUCGGCCCACAAUUUCUGAGGCCCUCAAGAUGUUGGAGGGUGAUAUUGAUAUUCCCAAUUUACCAGACAGACCAAUGACACUUGGUAAUGAGUCACAUAAAACUUCUUUUGGUUUUCUAGGUUCUUGCCAAGUGAAAGAUCAAGAUGGGAACUUCUAACAAAUGAGUAGAGCACUAGGAGUUUGACUCUUACAAAUUCCUCGAGUACUCACUGCUCAUGGCCGGUGAAAACUAUUUUGCAUCUCUAGAGGGUCUGUAGUAGCUAGGGCUCAGAUGGUUUUGGGCUGCUAUGUCGGUUCCCAAUCAGGUUUAGCUCUCCUUUAUCU